UUAGUCUUCCUCUCGUCAUGCUUGCUCGAUCAAUUGCUGCUUUAGCUCACUGCGCUGCCAUGAUCUCAGCUUCUAGAAGUAGAUCAUAUCUAUUUGAGUUUGAGUGAGAAAAGUUUUUCACAGCUGUUUUGGUUUUUCUUCCUCAAGGUAGAAUUGAGUCUUUCUUCUUUGUGAAUUGAGUUGGGUGUCUGUGGAGGUUUUUAGUAUUGCCACCAUGGAGCAGCGGGAGAUAGAAUUGACCAUCCUUUCGGCUCAGGAUUUGAAGAACGUCAAGCUCUCCGGGGGAGCCAUGACCCCGUACGCUGUGGCCUGGAUCCAUCCCAAUUACAAGGUGUCCACGCCCGAGCACGGUCAGGGCGGUGUCAAACCUUGCUGGAACUCUGUGCUAAGGCUCACGUGCGACGAGAACAGUUUCCAGAAUAGUCGCAUAACCAUCGAGAUUUAUCACCACGGCUCUUUUUCCAACAAGCUUGUGGGGACUGUCACUGUCUCCUUGUCGGAUUUUAACAGCCAACGCCAAGCGAGCGGCUCAGAGGGAUCCAGCGAGAAAAGAUUUGGAUCUUAUCAGGUACGGAGACCGUCGGGGAAGUAUCAAGGAGUUUUGAAUCUGUCAGUGAAGGUAGGGAAGUUAGUGAAACAAGCAGAGCACUCGCAGCCGGCAUGGGGUGCUCCAGAAGACGUACAAAUCAACAAAUCCGAUGGUAAAGACAAUCAACCGGUGACGGCGUAUCCUGCAGCGGUCCCCUACGCGAUGAGCUCCAGUCAAGCCGGUCCCAGCGGACCUCCGCAACAGUACAAUUACCCUCCGUCUGGGUACCCACCCCAGUACGCGCAACCUGCUGCAUAUUACCAGCAAGCGCCGCCAUAUCCAGCCCCAUAUCCAACCUACGUACCUCCUCCGAGGAGAAGCGGACUCGGGGGAGCCGGGUUCGGGACAGGGCUGCUGGGAGGGGCUCUCGGUGGAAUGUUGCUAGGCUCAGCCUUGGACGGAGGAGGUGGCUGCGGAGGCGGCUGCGGUGGCGGCUGCGGAGGUUUCUAAGAUCCGGACACCGCGAGUGGGAUCGCAUCGCACACGCAUUCAAGCCCCCUCUUCUUUCUAUCUGGCAAACUGCACUCUCGGCGGAGCUCCUGAGGCCGAACAUGUCAUGCACCGACACGCGGACUCUUCGACCAAGGGGGGCGUGGUAGGGGUAUAGUUGUGUUUCCUCGGUAUGUAGAUAUCCCACCACCACAAUUUUAGUGGAAAGACACAGCUCGACCAGCCAGUUAGAUAGCACCUGGUUGCGAAUAAUCUACGCGCAGGCAUCGGGGCUAAUGCGCCAGUGCGGGUUGCACACAUCCGAAGUACAUGUCGACCUCACAUCUCAGGAUCUUAAUCCAACGUAGAGCUUGUUCAAUUCGUGCGCUUUCAACUCUGCGCGUUUGUAUCGCCAGCGUGCCACGGACACGCCCAUCCGUCGCAACGCCGACUAUAUCGUCGUACUCAGAUGCACCAACAGCACCAUCGCCUCAACAAAUCCUCCACUUACUUUCACGUCUUCCUGCCAAAAUUCGUGGGUAGACAUGACUGCGAUUUCUCUAUUCAUGGAUGAAGCGUGACUGAUUACAAAGCGCCGCUGAGUGUUGCAACCAAUGUGGCCUCCUCAAGCAACCUGUCUUGCUUGACGGACGGAGUGUGUCAGCGACGGAGGUGAUCGUCCACGUCCUCCCCGAUGAAUGUGGAUGAAUGACAAUAUGGACUUAGUUUUCAUUCAUAUGAGAGCAUGAUUUAGGGUUUGCUGUACUGGAGAAAUUUAUGGGUUAAUAUUUAAUAAAAUUAGUUAAUUGUUAGACCAGAGUGCCA